GGGCCUCAGAUUCGCUCAGCUUUAGCAUAUAGCCACUAUAAAGCACUACCCUGGUAGCCACCGGACAGUAGGAUCGCUACCUCUGAGGAGACAGAGAUCAUGAAUUAUGCCACUGCUAACGGGCUAGAAAAGCUAACAUCUUUCUGACAAAACACACACGCACACUACGUCAGAGAGCAGGCACUAACUUGUCACGCGCAAAACGUUCAACUGCAGACUGACAGCAGCUCACAUCGGGCUACUACAAAACAGCGAGCCGUACGACAUCGCAUGGGGGAACACGUUUCGGGGUGCAAGGUGCUGGUCCUGGGGGAGGCUCUGCAGGUACUGUACCUUCCAUACCGCAGGUAAAAUGGGCCUGGCUGUGCCUCAGGCUGAGCCUGCCAUGGGGAGUCAGCAGCAGUUAGCAGCAGUCAGCAGCAGUUAGCAGCAGCAGUUAGCAGCAGUUAGCAGCAGCAGUUAACAGCAGUUAGCAGCAGCAGUUAGCAGCAGCUAGCAGCAGCAGUUAGCAGCAGCUAGCAGCAGUCAGUCGAAAGGAAUGUUCACAAAGCGCUGAAAGCAGAGGUAUGAGUAAUUCUAUUUACCUUUUUUUUGCAAAAUAUAUCCUUGUAAAGCAAAACCUUUUAUUCAGCGUAUAAUUGGAUUAAUGUAGAAUAAUAUACUAUAAUUUCCCCAGUUCCUGAGCUAUGUAUUGUCUGUUUUAUGCAAACUUCUUUGCUCAUCUUUAUCAAGGGUUUGUGAUCAUUUUGGAGGUAUCUAGGUCAAUGAUAGGUAAGGUUGUAAGAGGGGGAAAAAGUUUAAAAACUAAAAAAAUUUUAUCCUGAGCCACCACAAACAAUUUGGUGCUUUUAUAAAGGAGAGUUAGUUGCAUAAAUUUGUAUAGUAUGUGUAUUCAUUAAGUGCUCGUUUGGAAAACAUUACAUGUUGCAUUUGGCUAAUUAUGAAAUUUUAAUAUUAUUAUUUUUAAUAUUAACACAAUUUAAUAUGGAUUUUAUUUCAGUAAGAAUGAAGAAUUUUCUGUAGUAUGUUAUUGGUUUUGCACUGCAGUUCCAAAUAUAUAGUUCCUGCAUCGUUCAUAAGGACUGCGUUGCCUGGGCAAGUUCUUAAGCCCAAUGUUAAGACUCACCAAUAAAUAUAGUCCACAAGUGUGAUUUGAGGCUGAUCUGUGAAACCCACGCCUCCUGCUUCUUUUGCGCUGAUCUGGCUAAUAAAACUGGUGAGUUUAUUUCAUUUAGCAUUUUUCCUAAACUAGCUGAAGGCACGAAUCACCUCUUUUACAUGCAGAUCUUCCACCUCUAGCUGCAGGCGCACACUCCGCGUCCCUCCCAGCCCCCCCCCCCUCCAGUCCCGCGGACUACAGGUCAAGGCUGGAGACGUUCGGAGAGAUGUCGCAGGAGAACCCAUAUGAGACAUUGGGACUGGUGCACUCUGAAGAUUACAUUCCCAUGUGCAGGUCCCCGUCCUGGCCACGCCCACCAGUGUCUCCGCGCUCCACUGUGAGAGGUUCUCUGUGCAGGAGGAAGCUGCUGGUCUCUCUGGGGAUUCUCACUCUGCUCUCUGUGUCCUUCUUACUGGCCCUGUACUUACUGCAGCGAUCGACGCUGCAGGAGGCUCCCCACGGCACAGCCCAGGAACUCUCCACACUGCAGAAUGAUAUGAAGGAACUAAAGGAGACAUCUGCUCGACUGAUCUCAGAACUGCAGAUGGAAGUGGAGGAUCUGGACCAUUUCUAUGCCAGUGUGCUGAUGUGUGCCCCAAACUACAGCAGCCCGUUCAUCUUGGACAAAAUAAUGAAUAUGUCAAGAAAGAACGGAAUAAUCAUUAAACCAGCAUGGAGGUGGCUUCGAGAAGCUGCAGUGGAUGUGACUCUGGACCCUGAAUCAGCACAUCCCAGUCUCGUCCUGUCCUCAGACAGGAAGCAGGUGAGACUGGGGCCCAGGCGACAGGACCUGUCAAGCUCCGUGCACAGGUUUAGCUACGUGGUCUGCGUCCUGGCCAAGGAGGGCUUCUCCUCCGGGCGCCGUUACUGGGAGGUGAGGGUGCACAACAAGACGGGCUGGACUGUGGGCGUGGCCUCCAGCAGGGCCAACCGCCAGGGGUCAAUCCUGUUCCGCCCUCAAACCGGUUACUGGGUGAUGAUGAUGAAGAAUGAGGUGAUCAGUGCGAUGCGUGAACCCCCCUCCGCCCUCCCCCUCAGAGAGAGGCCCGGGACAGUGGGGGUGUACGUGGAUUACGAGGGGGGGCAGGUCUCCUUUUACGACGCGGAGGCCAGGACUCACAUCUACUCCUUCACUGGUUGCACCUUCACUGAGAAACUCUACCCAUUGUUCCGGCCUGGUCUUUCUGAAGCUGGCAAAAACUCCGCCCCACUGAUCAUCUCUCCUGUCAAUCACUUUCACUGAAUUAGGACACACCUCAAUUACAGGAAGCCAUAGUAGUUAUGUUUGGAGGAAUAUUUACCGAUAUACUGUCAUGUUGUUCAAAAUUAUUUUGUUUUUUUUUAACCGCAGAUGUAUAGAUACACUUUUUAGGGGUCUUAAAUUUUGGGGUUUGAAACAAUCUACUCUGGUUUGUGUGUGGCAUCUUUUUUAAUGUUCAAAAAAACCAUUGUAUUAAAAUUUGCAUUUGACUUCCCUUUUGAAUGCAUUAAUGUUUUUCUCUGAAUAUUUCUCUCCUUGGGCUCAAAACCACUACCCCCAGCUCACCCUGCAACAGUUUUUAAACUUUAUUUCUGUACCACUGGAAAUCAUGUUCAAUAUGUACUUUUCCAAAAAAAAGUAUUUUAUCCUGCCAAUUCAAAUGUGUCUUCAGCUGUUUGUCAUGUAAUGUGAAAACUUCAAUGCCUAUUUUAUCUUACCGCUCUCAUUUCUUUUCAUCAAAACAUAUAUAUCAAAUGACUAUAACAAAAAUGACUUAAUUUGCAAUAUGAAAAUGAUUACAUAAUGUUUAAAUAUAUUUAAUGUACAAUAAUACUAACAUUUCUAUUUACACUCAUAAUAAA